UCACAGUUUCAAACAGUCCUAGCAUCCACUAGGAGGUUUCUGCAGCAUUUUUUUACACUUCACUUUUCUAUACUUUAAUAUUUAAAUCUUUUUUAAAAAAUACCUAAAAUGAAAGCAUUUGUGAUUGCAACACUGUUUGUCGCCUCUUGCUCUGCAAGCUUAUAUGGCGCAAUUUCAACUCAAUAUCAAGCUCAAGAUGGAAUUGGUGGAUAUUCAUAUGGUUAUUCGGAUCCACUUAGCACAAAGCAUGAAGCAAAAUCACAUGACGGAUCACUCCACGGUGGAUAUUCAUAUGUUGAUGCUAAUGGUCAUGUUCAAUCAGUAAAAUAUGUAGCCGAUCCACAUCAUGGUUUCCAAAUUGUUUCCGCCACAAAUUUACCAAAAGGCCCAGCACCAGUUCAUGCUAUUGCUCCAGUAAUUUCUCAUGCUCCAAUUGUCGCUCAUCAUGCUGCUCAUUGGGGAAUCCCAUCUUAUGCCCCAUUGGCUCCAUCUAAAACCCCAGAAGUUCUUGCUGCUGAACAUGCUCAUUUUGCCGCUCAUGCUGAAGCAAAAGCAAGAUUACAUCACCAUCACAAACGUUCAGCAUAUGGACCAGUCGAUACACCAGAAGUUCAACAUGAAAAAGCUAUUCACUUUGCUGCCCACCAACGUGCACUCCAAGGUUUGCCAGCAAAUCCAUUGAUCUAUCACCCACAAUUGGCCUGGAAAGAUAACCAUCAUGCUGCACCAGUUGCUCCAGCUCACUACAAUCAUUGGGCACAUCAAGCAGCUCCAGCACCAGUUAAUGGAGUUCCAGUUGAUACUGCUGAAGUUCAACACGCUAAGGCUGCUCACUUUGCUUUAGUUGCUGAUGCUAAAUCUAAGCUUGCCCAUAGUGGUGCUCAUUAUGCUCCAGCUCAUGAUGAAUGGAAAUCACAUAAUGCUUAUCAAGGACCUUAUCACUAUCCAACUAUUCACAAUGGUGUCCCAGACGAAACCCCAGAAGUCAAAGCUGAGAAAGCCAAGCAUUUCGCUCUUGUUGCAGAAGCAAAGACGCAUCAACCACACUACGGACAUUACAACCAACAAGAAGAUGAUGGCUCAUAUGACUCGCGAUACGAAAAUGAACAAUACUGGCAUUAAGUUUUAAUUAAUUACUGAGAACUGAAAACAAUCAAUUAAGUUACUAGUAAUUAAGCAAAAAAUCUGAAAAUUCCUGCCAUUCAUAACUGCUCUUUCUAUUCCUUUACCAAUGACCUAAGUCUUUCCACUCCUUUAGUAAGAUUACUCUACUUUAAAUUAUCUUUACUUAUUC